AUACAGAAGUUCUUUUUGGCCUGUUAGGAUUUGGAAACAAAAAUUAAGGCAUUGAAAAGACAGCAACAAAAAGCUCGUAGAAAAUCAAAAAAGAUCAUUUUGGCUCUUCAGAAAAAAAAUGAAAACACUUCUGAUAGUGAACACUCCUCCAGAGAACUUGAAUCAGACUACUCAUCAGACGACUCAGGAAAUAUGCUGAAUGUUGUGGAGCAGCAUCUAAAUGAAGACUUGCAAGAACAGUAUGAUUCAGAAUCACAACAGAAUACCAUAAUUAAUAUGCAAGAUCAAGUGCUAUGGUAUGAAAUUGAUAGACUAAAUGAUUCCAUGGAUGUUACCAGUGAAAGUAACUCAGAGCUAGCUUUGUCUCUGGAGAAAAAGCUGUCUGAGUGGGCAAUGAAAUUCAACAUCUCCAUGACCUCUCUCACUCAUUUGCUUAAGAUUUUGAAGGAACAUGACAUUGAUGUUCCAGCAGACGGACGAACACUAUUGAAAACACCUCGUUCUGGCAGUUUGAGAAUAACAGAAAAAUCAGGUGGCAAAUACACAUAUUUUGGAUUAAAGGAAGGUCUUACGCAUACUCUGUCUGAGCAAGACACUUCAAAAUACGACCACUUUGAGAUUUCUUUGAAUAUUGAUGGCCUACCCAUUUUCAAGUCCAAAAACCUCACAAUGUGGCCACUUCAGUGUGCUGUCAUCAACAUUGAUGAAGUGAAAAACAGUCCUUUUGUUGUUGCUCUGUUUUCUGGAGCAAAGAAACCAAAUGAUUUGGAGUUUUUGAGGGAUUUUAUGGAGGAGCUGCAAGAACUGAUGGAAACAGGCUUUAAAGGGAAGAGAAUUGUCCUCAAAAACAUCAUAUGUGAUGCACCAGCACGAGCCCUCAUCAAAGGAAUAGUUCAGUUUAAUGGCCGCUAUGGCUGUGACUUUUGUGAUGUAAAGGGAGUUCAUGAGAGCAAAAUGCUUUUUUUGUAUAAAGGAAAUCUCAGAACCAAUGAGUCAUUUAGACAGAAGACAAAUCCUGAACAUCACAAAACAGAUAGCAUUCUUUUGAAUCUGGACAUUGAUAUGAUCAGGCAGUUCCCAAUAGAUCCCAUGCAUUGUGUAGAUCUAGGAGUGACUAAGCGAAUGUUGAUGCUGUGGAAAGAAGGACCUUUGGCCCAUAGAUUAUCAGCUGGACAUCUUAGCACCAUUACUUAUUUUCAUCAAGCUGUCCGACAUCACAUACCUCCUGAAUUCAAUAGGAAACCCAGGGGGUUAGAUGAACUGAAGCACUGGAAAGCAACUGAAUUCCGAACAUUUUUGCUUUAUACUGGACCAGUGAUUUUGAAAUAUGUUCUCGAUAAGGAGAAGUAUAUUCACUUCCUUUCACUUAGUAUUGGAAUGCGCAUCUUGUACAGUGAAAACCUAAUGGAGCAUCAUGAUUAUGCAGAUGAGCUGUUAACAUAUUUUGUUGAAAAAGGUAGCAGCCUGUAUAGCAUGAGUUUCAUCUCAUAUAAUGUGCAUUGCUUGCUACAUCUCACUGAUGUUGCAAAUUACAACAGAUCAUUACACUAUUGUUCAGCGUACAAGUUUGAGAACAAUAUGGGUCAAAUCAAGAGGUUUAUCCGCGGUUCAAGUGAUCAUGUUACAGAAUGACCAAUGAUAGCUACUGCCUUAUACAUGGAGUUCAAGAAAAUCUGAUUUUUUGUGAGGUUUUUUGCAGAAUGGAACCUUUGUACACUAAGCCAUGUGACCCCAGAAUAAUUGGCAUAUUCAAAGGAUUUAGGAAUCACACUAAAAUGUUACAUACUGACACCACUCAACUGAGACAUAAAGCAAUCAUGAUACCUUUGUCAUUGAUUGAUAAAGAUGAAUACAAUGCGGUAGCGCUUAUACCGCUCAUGCAUUCAGUUUGAUUAGUAAGUCAAGUAAGUCAGUAAGGCAGGGUUUUUGCCUUUUUUAUUGCAUGUUAUCCUGAUUUUGAUCCAAAGACUAUGAAUAAUGUGUGUGCGUGUGUGUGUGUGUGCGUGUGCGUGUGCGUGCGUAUUUCAGUAUCGAAUUUGUUUAUUCGGUGAUGGACAGACAUCUGUUGUACCAAUCAGUUGGAUUUUUGAUGACAAUGGAACAUUGAAGUGUCGAUGGACAUCAUCACUCUCAAACAUUAAAAACAAUUCUCCACCAAACCCUAACUCAGUGGUUCUCAACCUUUUUUGGGCCAACGCCCCCCUGUCCAUUAUCCAGGUCCUUUACCGCCCCCCAAACACCAUUAGCCUACAUCAUGAAUCCAUUUUCCAAACCGUGUUUUUGUCUUAUCCUG